CACAUACACCUGAAUGAUUGCACGUAGCCCUAGGCCAGUGUGCAUGGACGUGCGCUCAUCAACGGGGCCUGCGCUGCACACAACUGCAUACUUCAACACAUUCACUCCAAGAUCGCUCUCUGGGCUGCGACCAUCACCGUUGAGGUUGUGCUUCCGGAGCUCAGCAAUAUUAAACACCGCAUAGGCACCAGUCGAGUCUCUCCACGAGCCGGGCGCUCGUUCUUGUGCCUCUGAAAUUCAACACAAAUAGUCUCCAUUUGCUAGGCGGGCGAGCAGGCGGGGCAGCCGGCAGAUGGGCCGCUCACGCUCACGCUCACGCUCGCCGGCAGCAAAGCGGGAGCGCUCACGCAGCCCUGAGCGUGGGAGUAAGCGCAGCCGCCCUGAUAGGGACGAUCGGCGGGACCGGGAUCGCGAGGAGGAGCGCCGUGACCGUGGCCGUGACGAGGAGGCCCGGCGGGGAGGAGACCGGGACCGCCGCGGUGACCGGCCCGACCGUGACCGUGAGCGGGAUCGCGACCGCGAGAGGGAUCGUGACCGAGACCGCGAGCGGCCAGAUCGCAGUGACAGGGACAAGGAGCGGGAGCGUGUCGACAGGGACCGGGAUGGGCCCGAGCGGGACCGCCGGGAUGACGGAGGCCGCAAGCGCUCCCCUAGCCCCCGCAUCAAGAAGGAAGACGAGGAGGAAGGGGCGGUGAAGGGCGGAAAGGAGGCGUCGCCGGGCCUGGCACCUGGCAAGAAGUUGGAGCCGCUGUCUCUAGAGGAGCUGCUGAAGAAAAAGAAGCAGCAGCAGGAAGAGGAGGCCAAGCCCCGCUUCCUGACCAAGGCGGAGCGCCAGGCGCUGGCCCUGGCCAAACUGGAGGCGCAGCGCACCGGCGUGCUGGCUUCGCAGCAGGCCAAGAUGGACGCUGCACGUGCCGUCGGCGCCUCCGCCGGUGUGGCCUCUCUCCCACCACCGCCGCCACGGCUAUCGGGUGGCAGCGCACUACCGCCGCCGCCGCCCAUGCCUGGGCGCGAAUGGGAUCGUGACCGUGAACGCGAUCGCGACCGGGGCCGCGGCGACCGCUACGGCGACCGAGGCGACAGGGACCGGGACCGGCGUGAUGGCGGCCGCGGAGACUAUGACCGCGGCGGCCGGGACGGCGGCCGCGAUGCUGGCCGUGAUGGCGGCCGGGGGCGGGAUGACGACCGCAGGGGCGGGAACGCGCUGGGCACCACCGGGCGUGGCACGACGCCCAUCCCGGGCGCUCUGACGGGCGGCGUGCCCGAGCAGACGGCGGCGGAGCGGGAGCGCGAACUGGAGAUGAUCAAGCAGCAAUACCUGGGCAUGGAAAAGCUGAAGAAGCGGGUGCUGCGCCCCAGCGAGAAGUUCAAGUUCAAUUUUGACUGGGACUCCAAGGACGACACUUCGCGGGACCUCAACCCGCUCUACAACAACCUGCACGAGGCGGCACUGAUGUUUGGUCGCGGCAUGCGCGCCGGCAUUGACCGCCGCGAGCAGAAGAAGGUCGCGGCGGCGCUGGAGACAGAAAUCCUGCGCAAGACGCGCAUGGCGGCGGGUAUCGAGGACACGCACGAGACGCGCGAGCACGACCGCGAGCGCAAGCGCCUGGCGGACCAGUACGACGGAUUCGACAUGCGGGUUGAGAAGCACUGGACCGAGAAGUCGCUGGACGAGAUGAACGAGCGCGACUGGCGCAUCUUCAGGGAGGACUUCAACAUCGGGUACCGCGGCGUCAACACGGUGCUUCCCAUCCGCAAGUGGGAGGAGAGCGGGCUGCCCUCGCUGUUGCUCAAGGCCAUUGAGAAGGUGGGCUACAAGAAGCCGUCUCCCAUCCAGAUGGCGGCCAUCCCGCUGGGCCUCAAGCAGCGCGACGUCAUUGGUAUUGCCGAGACCGGCUCAGGCAAGACCGCUGCAUUCGUGCUGCCCAUGCUUGCCUACAUCAUGCGGCAGCCGCCCAUGAACGAGGAGAACGAGGCGGACGGACCCUACGCCGUGGUGCUGGCGCCCACGCGUGAGCUGGCGCAGCAGAUUGAGGAGGAGACGCACAAGCUGGCGCACUACACCGGCUACCGCGUCACCUCAGUGGUGGGAGGCCAGUCCAUCGAGGAGCAGGGCACCAAGCUGCGCAAGGGCUGCGAGAUUGUGAUCGCCACGCCCGGCCGCCUGCUUGACUGCAUCGACCGCCACUAUGCGGUGCUCAACCAGUGCAACUAUGUGGUGCUAGAUGAGGCGGACCGCAUGAUCGACCUGGGCUUCGAGCCGCAGGUGAUUGGCGUGCUGGACGCGAUGCCCAAGAGCACGCUUAAGCCAGACGAGGAGGGCGCGGUGCUGGAGGAGAACCGCACCUACCGCACCACAUACAUGUUCAGCGCGACCAUGCCACCCGCGGUGGAGCGGCUGGCGAAGAAGUACCUGCGCCGGCCAGUGGUGGUGGUGAUCGGCAGCGCGGGCAGGGUCACGGACAACGUCACGCAGCGCGUGUUCGUGGUCAAGGAGAACGAGAAGGGACGACUGCUGGAGCAGGAGCUCAACAACGUGGACGAGAAGCGUGUCAUUGUGUUCGUCAACACACAACGCCAGUGCGACAAUGUGCACAGACAUAUGGACGAGCUGGGAUACCACUGCACCAUCCUGCACGGAGGCAAGACGCAGGACCAGCGCGAGGCCGGCAUCAAGGGAUUCAGGGACGGAACUUACAACGUGCUCAUUGCCACCGACGUGGCGGGCCGCGGUAUCGACGUCCCCGACGUGGCGCUCGUGGUCAACUACGAUAUGCCCACCAACAUCGAGAACUACACCCACCGCAUCGGUCGUACCGGCCGCGCCGGACGCAAGGGUAUCGCCGUAACCUUCCUCACGCUCGGCGACACGGGCGUGUUCUUCGACCUCAAGAAGCUGCUGGAGGACUCCAAGGCCGCCGUGCCUCCGGAGCUGGCGCGCCACGAGGCGUCCAAGGUCAAGCCUGGCACUGUGGAGGCUAAGAGCCGCAAGGACCAGACCGUGUUCGCUACGUAGUAGGACUAUGGUUCGGUCCCAGUACUGCGGCCAUGGGUUGGCCUGGCCGAUUUGGUACAGUCUGGGAUGGCUGGGCUGCAGUUUCCUUGGCCCACACGGUGGCGGACGAGUGCUGGGUUGCGUGCUUUUAUGGCGGUGAGACUCUGUGGUGGUGCUGUACGAGGUGGACACGCGGUUGUUGCUACAUGAGGUGGUGGUGCGCCCGGUGGUCCUGGUUACGGCACUCGAUUGCCUCCUGCACGAAGGCCGGAGGACUGAGCGCCUCUGUACUCUGGCAGAAACAAACUCGCCUUGUAAUCUGGGGUAGUC